UGUCAGGGUCAUAUGGCUGCUCAGCCUGAUUAGACCAGCUCACAGCAGAUCCUCCACACAGCCCACUGCUACAGCAAGGUAUAGAGCACAGCACAGACGGCGCAGCAGCAGCAGCUAUAUGAGGCCAGGGUUUGCUGAGAGAGGAGGAUAGUUUGCUGUUAUACAGGAGAAGAGCAACAGGUUUUUGCACACAGACUUCAUUUUAUGGUGGCAGAAUACCAGACAUUUCAAGUUCUAGAGGUGGAAAAAGACUCAAAGCAGGUGGACUCCACUGUGGCAAAGAGGCCCAAGAACUGCGUUUUAGCCUGUGGUUGGAAAUUACAUUGAAAAGCAGAAUCGCUGGUUUGAUGGAGUUUGUGCGGGGGAGUGGUGACUACUGCCACGCUCAACACCAUUAAGGGCUACUUGGGAUGAAGCUACAGCAUGCAGUCCUGCGGCCCUGAAACCUGAAAGACCAUUGCUCUCUGAAGCAGCCAGCUAAUGGGGUAAUACGUGGAGCCUCAACACUGGAAGCUUACCGGAGAGAAAAAGAGAGCUACUGAAAGACACAGAGAGAAGGACUGAAGUGACAAUCUGAGAAAUUAAAACAACGAAAGUUGACACGCCGUGCUUCCUGAACUAUAGGACACUGUCAACUGAUGGACUAAAACUGUACAACAGGACAUCGGAAUUGGGAAAAUACCUUAAAGGCUAUAAACAAUCUCCCAACAGGAAGUUCAACCAGAGACAGGAGGUCACCUGGUGACCUGCUAUAAGUUGAACUCACAGCAGCUACCUGCUGCAGCUCCAGCUGAAGAGGACGUUCUAGGACAUUAAAGGUCACGGCUGCCAACAUGAACCGCCCUGCUCCAGUGGAACUGUGCCACAAGAACAUGAGAUUCCUCAUCACACACAACCCUACUGACAGCACGCUCACCUCCUUUAUAGAGGACCUGAAGCACUUUGGUGCCACCACAGUUGUUCGAGUCUGUGAUAUCACCUAUGAUAAAACACCGUUGGAGAAAGACGGCAUUACUGUGGUGGAUUGGGCGUUUGAUGAUGGAGCCCCACCCCCUACGAAGCUGGUUGAUGAUUGGUUGAAUUUGCUGAAGAAUAAUUUGGAGGAACCAGGAUGCUGCGUGGCUGUCCAUUGUGUGGCUGGACUGGGGAGGGCUCCUGUGAUGGUUGCUUUGGCUUUGAUAGAGAGCGGGAUGAAGUAUGAAGAUGCUAUUCAACUCAUUAGACAGAAGCGUCGGGGAGCCAUCAACAGUAAACAGCUAACCUACCUGGAGAAAUAUCGAUCCAAGCAAAGACUUCGCUUCAAAGACUCUACUGCACACAAGAACAAGUGUUGCACAAUGUGAACACACACACACACACCCUCAGACAUCUUGUACCCCUCAACAAAUGCUCUCAGGAAAGAACCAUACAAGCCUUGUCAUCUUGUCAUAUAACCUGAUGUGUACCCUGGGAAUUUUUGACAGCGGGUUUGUUACAAUGCAUCGUUAUUCCCUUGUUUGUUAGAAUUCUUGGUCCCUUUUAAAUUAUUCUAUUGGCAUGUUUGCUUCAUUUUUAUAGAUAACAGUGAAAGAAAUGGCCAAGAUGGACAAGACAAUCCCAUAAAAAGGUUUGUGGCAUAUUGUUAAGGCAUAUUUGUGCAACUAAAUAGCUCUGGGAAAGACAGAAACUUUGGUCAGGGAUCAGGUCUUGAGGUUUCACAUUAAAAUGUUCAAUAAAACAAAUCCAUAGAGUACACAAGUGGGCAAACCCAUACAAAUGGGUGUUGCUGAUUUCAAUUGAUACAAGGCCUUAAACAUGUCAAAUAAUACUGCAUACUUUGUUAAGUAACUUUAUUUUUUCAAUGAUGUACACAUGUUCAAUAUGUUUAAAACUCACCAUUAUCAGGGUAAUACAAGCAGUAUUUAUAUAAGAUUGUUGUUAUACCAAAACCUUUAAACCAUAAUUUGGUAGGCUCAGGGUUUUUACUAUCAAUUUAAGUCAAUACUAUAAGUAACCCUCUCUUUGACAUUAUUCAUUCUUUAGUGUCUCUUCUUUAGUUUUAGUUUAACUGGAGAUAUAAGGGCUAAUUUUCAUCUGAGUAUUUUCUGACAUUUGUCUAAAAAUAAGAUAUUAUUUAUUGUCUCUGAUCAUUGUGAAUAUCAGCUUUUGGUAAAUAUAAAGCCUUCAUUUGGUUUUUUUGUCACAGUUGCCGGUUUAAAUUACUCCAUUGUGCUCAAGUUAUGUGUUUUACAUAUCAGUGUGUGCAUUAUAUUAUGCUCUGUUUGCUGACAUUCACAGAAGGAAACAGCUGAUUUGAAGCCAAGUAAUAAUACAUUACACACAGACUUAAAGGACUGACAUAUGUAAUCUAGUUGUGAUAAUGUAAAAAAAUGUGAUCCUAUUUUUAUCCCUUUUAUUCCCCAUGGACAUAAUGGUUAAACUACUCCUUCAUUGACUACAACAAUUUGCGCACAACAAAAAUUAAAUAAUUUUCAAAUAUGUGUAUAUUAUAUAUUCUAUAUGUCAGAGAGGGAAUUUACAUUUGUAUCAGCAGUGGAGGACACAAUCUCAUCCAUGGAUGAUGUGUAAAUGGAGGUACUGGACUAAUCCUAAUGUAAAUAUAGCUGCACAUCAUUUAUGUCUAGAUCACACUAUACUAGGUCAAAGAUUAUCUUGUGGGGGGGAGUUUACUUACUUAUGUGUUUUGUUCCUGAAGAUGCUUGCAGCCAACUGCUCCUUUUUUGCUGAUGAUAGAGCAUGCCCUUUUUUGUUUUAGUAGGUUGCUAGUCUCCCAUCAUCUAUGGUCUUGAAUGACAAUACGUACAAAAUAAAAUGAGAGCAGAGGGUGUAACAUUGAUGUUAAAAAGGAGAUAGGAAUAGGAUCAAACCACGUUUUCCUGAAAGCUUAGCAAAUUGGCUACAGAUUCCUUGUUCAUAUAAUGUUUGUAUGUUUUUUGACUGUGUAUGUGUGUGUGUAUAUUUGUCUGUGUUUGUGUAUGACUGCGUUGUGUGUGUAUGUUUGUGUUGUGUGUUUUUCGCAAACUUUAGCCAUUGUAAAUCCUUGGGACUGGCAUAAACCCAAACACUUUUUAAUGUAAAACAAAUGUUGUAAACGUCUGUUUGUCCUGUAAAUUCUCGCACUGUUAAAUAAAGUUUUUGUCACUGUCCCUUUAUUAUAA